UGUGUUAAUUCACUCCCGUGGUAAUGUGGAUCGCCAAGUGAAACGAAAUGUGAACUUCGAAGACAAACAUCGUGAAUAAAUUUCAAAGUUUAGUGAUUGAAUUUUAUGGUUCAAAUAAAUGGUAUAAAUUUAUAUAAGUUCGUGAACUUGUGGAUUAGAAAGAAAAAACUUUGUAAAAGUUAGUUUUAAAGUAUUUAGUGAAGUGAAGUGAUAAGUGACAUUUUUGCUGUAAGGUGUUAAUACUGUUUUGGAUUGCAGUCAGGUACGGCUCGGGAUAUGUUCGUGCUUCCUACCACACGGCUUACCCUCUUACUCCUAGUUCAUUAGGACAAUGCAUCGAAUCUACUCGCUACUGAGCAUUUCGUAUAACGAAUGGAUUCGUCAGGGCUAGCGGGGCGAUGACGUGGCUAGUCGAAAUGCGAGCAGCUCGUCUCUUGGGCUACCGGCUCAAGAUUGGUCUGGUGGUUAUUAUCAUUAUGGUUCUUGGGUUCUUCAAUGAAAGUCAAGGCACCGCACAUUAUGGAGAAGAUAGCGAGGGCUCGUUUCCAUACUUCGAGUACAAUGUCCCCAGAAAUGUGACGACGGUGGUUGGGCAGACCGCUUUCCUGCAUUGCAGGGUUGAGCAGCUUGGUGACAAGGCGGUUUCGUGGAUAAGGAAAAGAGAUCUUCAUAUUUUAACAGCUGGAAUUUUAACAUACACAUCAGAUCAAAGAUUUCAAGUUAUCAGACCGGACAAGUCAGAGAACUGGACGCUGCAAAUCAAAUUUCCACAAGAGCGAGACGCUGGCAUCUACGAAUGCCAAGUGAACACAGAACCGAAGAUGUCGUUGGCGUUUCAACUGAAUGUUGUCGAAGCGAAAGCAAAGGUUCUCGGUCCAGCAGACUUGUACGUGAAGACAGGGAGUUUGUUGUCACUGACUUGCAUCUUGAGUCAAGGUCCUCAUGAUUUGGGGACGAUAUUUUGGUAUAAGGGAUCAAAAUUAAUAGAAUAUAAGGAGGUAGAUGCGAAUGAAAUUAUAGAAGUUCCAAGAAUCAGGCUUAAAACAGAAUGGACGGAGCAGCUCACGUCUCGUUUGACGAUCGACAAACUUCUGCCGACUGAUAGCGGGAACUACAGCUGUGUGCCAACGAUGGCUGAAGCUGCCUCUGUGAAUGUUCACGUUAUAAACGGUGAACAUCCAGCAGCUAUGCAGCACGGAAACGCGAACACUGCGUCACCGUGCGCCCUAUCCGUAAACUUAUUAAUUUCACUAUAUUGCACCCUUGCGACGAUUUACACCAGCACUGUUGACGGGCUCAGGUGAAAAUUACAUAAAACUUAACAGAUUCCAAUGCAAGUGUAAAUUAAAUAGAUAUAAUAUU